CUGCAAAACUGCGCCGUCGGCUCGUUUCGUUCGCGGGCGGUGUGUCUGCCAAUAAUUCUCGGCUGUUGAUCGCGUAGUUGUCGCUCAAAUGCAUCAUUCAGCUCUAGUAUUCAUAGGUCUCGUCGGCGCAGUGUGUGCGACCGAAAGGGUCUUCGUUCCGCUUGCUCCUCAGGCGGUGAAAUUCGUGUCCAGCGAGACCAUCAAGUCGUCGCAGAUCGGCGAUGUCCUCUCGAGCAUUCUCGGUUUCACCGUUAGACCGUCUGAUCCCUGGAACAGCCUGGCACCUGUGAACCCUUUCAAGGUCCCCAAAACAACCCUCGUGCUAGACUUUGAUGGCUUCGACGGCGACACGACGCUGGAUGUCUCGGGCAAAAACUUUCCGCUAGAAAAUGACGUUAGCCUUCAGCAGCAACUGGAGUUGUUGUCUGUCAGAACACUGGAGAGGUUUGCAGAGCAGGAACCGGUGGUCCUCUACAUGAAGACAGGCGAAAAGCUGUACGGCGCCAAGAUGGCCUAUCCAGAACUGCUGCUCACCGUUUCACCAGAGGUGGACAGCCGCCUGAAGGAAGCCGUCAAGGAUGCCGAGCUGGCCAAGGUUCUCCGCGAUGGCACAUUCAAUGUGUCCCUGCCCGGAGACGACCAGUUUGCUGUUGAGCUGCACACUGCCAAGCUGAUGUUGGAGCAGCUGUCUCGGCAGGCAAACAAAGGUGGCACAGCUCCAAGCGUGGUGUGGCUGCGGCUGAGUGGUCUCCGCCAUGUCGUGGAUCGCUACACAGAGGAAUCGUACCAGGCCUCUCAUGCCUUGCGGCUCAUUCGCGAGUUUGUCAACAAGGCUAAGAACACCCUGAAGAAAGCAUACGGUGACAGGGCACUCCUGGUAGUCAUCACACAAAAUGACAAGACAGGAGGUGUUGUUCGCAAGGCUCGUUCACUCCUUGCAGCUGGUGACGAGAAUGAGGCACAACAGAACGCUGAACCACCCACAUCGCCCGCUGUCAAGGUGGCUGCCCCUGCUGCCCUCAAAGAUGGCGGCAGCUGGAACUUGGCAACUCCGUGGGACCACGAGGCGCACGUGGCCUUUGUGCUGAUUGGCUUCGUGCUGCUACUCUUGGCACUAGCCCUGUUUGGCAUUUCGGUAGGCCUGUGGUUCAUGGACCCUGGCCGAGACUCCAUCAUUUACCGCAUGACGACGCAGCGAAUGAAGAGGGACUAGUUAUGCUGUCAGCACUGCUUGCGCGAACUUGUGAGGAAGUGGGUUUCUUGGCAGCAAGGGUUGGACUCUAGAAAUAUUAGGUUUUUCCAAGCCUUGGUGUUAUUGCCCAGUUUUUGCACAUUCUGUUCGGACAUCAAGAGAUGGGGGGAAGGGCGAUCUUCAUGUAUAUUAGGUCAAGGUAGGCUAAGGGCUCCCAAACUCUUUCUCUAAUUAAAGAGUCUUGAACAAUGGCAAGGAAUGACUUGCUGAAAAAAGAAAUGAAGAAUGCAUUGGGGUAAUUUCUAUGUUAUAUUUAUUUCAUGAAAAAGCUAUGGAAUUUAUAUGAAGUGUGCUUGACUGAUGUACAUAGAGCACAAGGAACAGUGUUACAACAUUGCAUACUGGGGCGUGAUAGGUUUUUUGCUGGAAAUGUGAAUGGCAUCAACUCUCAUAUGAUGAAACCUUAUAUAAGGUGCGUUACACUGAAGUGAAUACAAAAACUGUAUUGUAUCAAGGAUAAGGUUGAUGGCAGCUCUGUUGGCUGCAUUGGAGUGAAAGAAUAUGUGUGAAGUAAAGAGGCAAGUACUUUCCUUGCUGCUCUGGAAUGGGGAGAAAGUGAAAUGGAGGGAAUAUGUCUUUGGAGCCCUUAGUCAACCUAUACUAUCUGCCCUGUGCGAAGUUGUAAAUUACAUUGUAAUGAUAUACUAGUAUUCAAGUUGUCACUUUUUCAUCUGGCAGCAAGAUGAUUUAUGAUUUGGCCUUUUUCUUUGGCUAUGACCGAUGAUGUUUUCAGGCAUACAAUGUUAGCACGGAGGAUGUAUAACAUGUUGUCAGGUUAUCGACGAUUCUCUCGGCACUACAAGCGGCUCAUGGUGUGCUUUCUUCUUCGUACAGCGUUUUUUUUACGUAUUUUUUUUGAAGCAAUAGCCAAGUUUCUUUUGUCUUACCACUUCUUAAUGUGGAAGACCUGACAGUUAAGGUGUUGAAAAUUGCGAUGUGUCAUGUUUUGUGUUUUAUUGCAACUGUUUUUGUGUUUCAUUGGGUGUAGCGAAGUGCAGCGGAAACAUGAGUGCACAGGGUGUAGGAGGUAAAAGAGGCUCCCUGAUGGUAUAUAUGCUUUGCAAUAUUAUUUGUGCAUUGACUUUUCUGUCCAGGAUAGUAAUGUAGCUUUGUAAGUCAACUUAUUAUGCGCAUAUGUGAGGCAUGAAUUGUUGGUUUCUAUAACUUCAUUUCUUCUCCUAUUCUACAAGAGCACAUUUUUGGCAGUUUACUGUAUAAUUAAUGUGGAUUGUUCUUCAUUUCACAGAUCGCUGCAGAUAAACCACCAGACAUGGCUUUUUGUUCAAAUCAUGCCUAUAUAUAUAUCUAUUAGUCUAGUGCGGGUUACUAUGUAAGCUAUCAGUUUAAUGUUUUUGCUCUAGUAAAAAUCUUUUCGAUAUGUCAAUGGAGUGUAGAUAGUGUAGAUUAGAGUUUAGUGUUAGUUUUUUUUAUUUCACUCAUGAAAUGAAAUGUAAAUAGAGAUGAAUCAUGUGGUUCUUGCAGUGAAAGUUCUCGAUCGUCUUGUUGUGUGUGGACAAAAACGACACAUUAUUGUUCUGGCUCUGUUCUUUGCCCAGUCUUCAGCAGUCGCCCUAAGUGUACAUACAUACCUGCUUGCAUGUCGAAACCUCUCAGUGCUUCUAUCGUGAAUUUGAAAAGUUUGCUGCAGUGUUCAUAAUGCUGCAUUUGCAGUGUUUACUUGAAUUUAUGCGCUUUUCACGGCUUCAAUUCUAGUGGGAUAAACCUUUCAUGAGUGGUUGUCCGAUUCAACACAACUUAGGUAAGUGCAUCUAGUCGUCAAUAUAAUAGUUAUGAUGCUCAAUACAAAUGUACGAAUCGACGGCAGCAGCUUGAUCAAUAUUGUAAUUUGCAAUUGUGUGGAUGUGACUGCGAGGCAUAACCGCAUGCAGGUCGAUAAAUUGUGACAUCUCUAUACAUAACUUGCAUUGAUGUUACUGUGGUAGCCAGCUUCGGGUACCAGCUAGUUGAGAUGCUGCGUAAACUCUUGCUUGAACGCGCAUGGUAAGAAACGGGGGCAUCAGAUUAGUGCCGAGGCCCCCUCCAAUCUUUGUGCUGUCCGUUGGCACAGCUGGUGAACAAAGGCAUGCGGCGAGAGCACGCACAAAAAAAAGUGGGGAGCGAACCAUGCACUGACAUCCUCAAAUGUGAUACAAAUUUACGCUGUCGGCCGUCUUCGCUAUCCAGUGGUGAGAACCUGUGAGUGACAUCACAAGAAAGUUAUGUAUCGACUACUCACUGCCAUCUUCAAUAAAUGCAUAAGUUGUCUGUUUGAUAUAUUUUAAAGCUUGUUUUUUUCUUUGCUGCGUCUUGAUUUAGCAGCCCAAGCAGCAUGCUAAACACUCUUUUACUUCAGAAUAGCUGGUGGUAGUUGCAAAAUGACUGUGUGAACCAAAGUCUUUGCGGAUGUCCUCGGGAGCCCAGCUUGUGCGACAAGCCUGUAUACUACAUUCCAUGUGUGGGAGGGGAUUGUGUUGCUCACGUGUUUGUGGCAUUGUAAAUGGCUGUCCAAUAAAAAUUUAAGUUAUAUUGUUUC